AUGAGUAAAUCGGAGGGACAAGUUUCGCAGGACGAAAUACAGUCUGUCAAAGAUUCAAGACAUAAGUGGUACAAAUCGUGGAUCCUCCUCCCCAUCCUCGCCACGACAGUAUGGUUUGCCGGCCUCACAUCGCUGCUGGGACUAUGGAUCAGUCAAGGACGGCCGCGGUAUGAUGAUAAUGUUGCGGAUGUGGCGUUCAUCAGUGAUAUCGGAGGAGCCAACGAGAGAUUGUUCUUGGCCAUUUGUAUAUUUACAGACAUAUUUUAUUUUUCAUCUGUAUGUGCCAUCCGGUGGUUGAGACACAAACGAGACCUUCCAGAGCAUAUCGAAAAGUGGGAAAACAUAUUUGGGUGGCUGGCGGUGGUGUUCUGUUUCAUCGGAUGCGCUGGUCUUUUCACCCUCGCCAAAUGGAACGCGUACGAUUAUACAACAGUCCACUGGAACGGGACGUUGAUAUUCAUCAUCGGUACCGGCAGCUCUGCCUUCUGUCAAACCGUCGAAGUGUGGCUUCUCAGAAAAGGUCAUACACAGCGCAAACAUCUUCCUAGAAAUGCAUGGUUCAAACUCUUUAUCGUCGGCGCCGACAUCAUUCUCGCGGCUGCUUUUGGUGCAACGUACCUCUACUGCGGUGGCAGAGCAACUUCAUACAAAGACCACACAGCAGGUCAAUGCAAUUCAACGUCAUCCAAAGCAGCGGUCUUGGAAUGGACGAUCGCGUACGCGUUGAACCUAUACUUUUUGACAUUUGUGAUCGAUCUGUGGCCCGCUGGCAAAAUCAAGGAGCAACCUGAAAAAGAAGAAGAGAGUGUUUGA